AUGAGCUCCUCCCUCGAGGCUAAAAUCGUCGUACUAGGCGCACAAGGCGUCGGAAAAACCUCCCUGGUCCACCGCUACGUCCGCAACGCCUUUAACCCAAGCACAACAACAUCCACCGUCGGCGCCUCCUUCGUGACAAAACGCGUCUUAGACACAACAUCCGACACGACUGUUCGUCUCCAGAUCUGGGAUACAGCAGGCCAGGAACGAUUCCGCAGUAUUUCGCGACUUUACUACCGUGGCGCGCACGCGUGUCUUCUCUGCUAUGACAUCACCGAUGAAAACUCCUUCCAAGAGAUGGCAGGCUGGUUACGCGAGUUGAGGAAGAACCUAGGAUCAGAAGGCGACGAUGAUAAUCCUCCGCUAGUUAUCCAUGUUGUCGGGACGAAGUCCGACAUCGUCGCUAUGGAGCCGAGUAAACGGAGGGUUCCGUUUGAGAGAACGAUCGCAUACGUCGCUGAACAGCUUUAUCCUUCUCGCGCGUCGACGCCACCUCCUACCGCUAGUUUGGGUAUGGGGCUUGGGUUUGGCGCCGGCGUUUUUGGUGGCGCAAACGCCGGGGGAGGGGGUAGUGUGGGGAGUGUGGCUGGGAUGUCGACGGGCGCGUUACAGAGCCCCGAUAGUAAACGCAGUUCGGCGUUCUGGGGACAGGAAAUCGGUUGGGAUUGUUGUCAUGAGAUCUCGGCUAAGGAUGGAGAGGGUAUUGAAGAAGUUUUUCGGGUUAUUACGCGGAAGUUGGUUGAGCAGCGGAAUAAGCGUGAUGCCGAUGCUGCUUUGAGUGCGGCUGGCACUCCUGGUCUUGGGAUUGGUGUAAGUCCUUACACGCCUGGCAGUAUGGAUGGGAACGCCAGCUUUCGGCUUGGGUAUGGGGAUAAGAGGCGGAGUUGGUUGGGGCUUUCGACGCCUAAUGUUGGGGAGGUGGAGGAGGUGCAGGUCAUGCAGACGGCUCAACGGAAGGGACGGUGCUGCUGA